AUGCAUCUCUUCAAGAUCACUGUCAUAUCACCCGACGGAUCGUCCUACAAGGAGCCAGCCAACUACGACACGCCCUACCAGUUUGACUAUGCCGUCAACGACCACUACUCCGGUGCCGUCUUCUCUCAGAACGAGAACAGUGACACCAAGAACGUCAACGGCUACUACUCGCUCAACGCCACAUCAGUCGGCAAGACCAACGCUACAAACAUGAAGGUGUUCAUCGCUGCCGCUCUGCUGGCUGUUGCCUCCGCCGCUCCUGUCAACAGCUACGCCCCGAAGCCGGCGUACUCUCAUGGCCCGAGCUACCACCAGUCGUCCUACAAGGAGCCAGCCAACUACGACACGCCCUACCAGUUUGACUAUGCCGUCAACGACCACUACUCCGGUGCCGUCUUCUCUCAGAGCGAGAACAGCGACACCAAGAAUGUCAACGGCUACUUCUCGGUCAACCUGCCCGAUGGCCGUACCCAGCGCGUCAAGUACAUCGCUGACCAGCACGGCUACGGAGGCUACAACGCCGAGGUGACCUACACUGGAGAGCCCCGCUACGAGGAGCACAAGCCUAGCUACCACCCGGCCCCAGCCUACAAGCCCGCUCGCUCUUAUACCCGGGCCCCGGCGUACAAGCCUGCUCGCUCGUAUGCCCCGGCCCCGGCGUACAAGCCUACUCGCUCGUAUGCCGCUGCGCCGGUCUACAAGCCGAAGUACUGA